AUGAGGACGUCUGGGGCAUCUCAGAUCACCGUGCUGUCUUCGUUCAUUCUCUUACUCACAUAUUUCUCCUUAAUCCUUGCUCCUAUUAGUGCAACGGCGAAUGAGCUCUCUACGCAUAACUCAUCCAAUGAUAUGAAUCUGAUCUCGUUCUUGAACUCCAAAACCCAGCAAUACGACGUUAUAUUUACAGAAGCAGUCCAACUGCUAGAGUCAAUGAAAUCCGCUCCGUCGUGCAACCGGCUUGCCGCAACCAAACUGGUGACGUCCUGUCAAUCUAUCAGCAAGGAUAACGGUCUUGGAUCGGACAACUACGUGACUCUGGAACGCAUUCGCUCAUUAUAUGCGGCAAGGCUGGCUAUUUGCGAGCUGGAUGGAGCUGGAACAUCCAUUCCUGCGUCGUGUUCCCCGGUGGCCGUUUCAUCAACGCAGAAGAGAAGCUUCUUUGGGUUCUCGGGUAAAUAUAAAUCUCAGAAUGACAUCGAAGAUAUACCGCGGCACUUCCUCGAAUCGUGUCUCAGGUCACUUGAAUCGAGACCGCAGUGGUGGACGUCUUAUAGCAACAGUAGGCAAAACGCUAUGGUGAUUUGCCAAGCGGCAAGGAUCGAGGGUGAAAAGGAAGAACUCCUGGAUUUGCACAGACAUAUCAUCGAUGUUACACUCAAACUCAACCAUGGUCUUGAAGAGGCUUUGCGGACUGCAGCUGCUGAGUCUGCAGAGCAGAAGGCAUUUGUUCAUGCUAUUGACACGAUGCGGAAUAGACUGACCCGUGAAUUGGAAGACACUGAGACACGCUUCAAACUCUUCAUUAGUGGAAUAUUUCAGGAUGUCGAGUCCAGCGUUCAGUCUAUUGUGUCCAGCGUGACGAUGGUUCUUGGAAGGAUUCACACAGGAACGGCAGUUCUCGAAAAGAAUGUCCGGAACGUUUCCAACGAGGUCGAUCAUCUGCAAGAGACUCUGCGGGCCGUCCACGCGGAAACCCUGGCAAGAAGCGAGCAACUAAUACAGGUACACCGACAAGAUUCGAACGCCCAGAUAGAAAUUGCAUCAUCUCUUCGUUCAUCCCUGGAGUCGCUUCUGCAGGGCGACAUGGUCAGGCUGUCUCAAGAAAUGGGAACUUUGGAUACUUCAGUAGAAUGGUUACUUGGAAAGAUAGGUACCAUUCUACGUCAGGAGGCCAAGGUGUCGGAGCGCCUUCAAACUUUUGAAAUAAUGUUAGUACAGUCUGAGAUGAAGGCCCAGGAUCUACAAAGAGCACAACUGCUGCAGUCCGAAGUCAUUGCGGCACAAUCGCAAGCGCAGCAUAAUAUACAAACCGACAUCCAAAUCUCCCAGGCACUGCUCGAUAAAGUGAUUUCCACUGCAGCCAACCUCCAGACAAUGGUUGAUGAGACAGCAACCAAAUAUCGGGAGUCUCCUGUUUUGGGUGCUCUACAUGGGACUUACUCCGCCUGGACGGUGUGUGCUCUGCUGUUUAGCAUGCUUGGUGCGCAGAAUCCGAAGUCCGCUCUGGCGGUGCUUUUUAUCGGGAUGGCUCAUCUCUUCGUGACCAGGAUAAUCUUUUAA